AUGGCGUCCGCCGGAGGUGCGGUCACACGCGCGCAUCACGCGCGCUACUCCUCCGCGUCCGUCGCGGUUAUCCCAGCCGAACGAUUCGCAGUCCUGUCGUUUUCGGCGUCUGUCGGCUCCGCCGUUUCAUCCCCCGUAGCUGCACGCGCCGAUGAUCCCGUAGCGAGGCGCGCUGAAAGCGCAGCCUCGCCGUCCGCGCCUCCGCUCGCCAGACCCUCGCAAGCGGCGCAAGCGGCGGGGGAGUCCGUUCCCGUUCUCGCGACAGGCGGCAGCGAGUGCGCGGCGGAACCAGAUCAAACGACAGAGCCACUAACCACGUCCCUCCUCGCCGCUCCUACUACUAAUAAAGACGACAACUGCGCUUCGGCGAGCCAAUUCGGCGGCGGCCAUGGCGGCGGCGCGGCGUCAGAGCCUCCGACGCGCGCCGCCGCAUCGAAUCCUCUCUCAAGCGGCUACGGGCUGUCGCUGCAGCAGCUACAACAUCUCGUCGCGCUCACAAACGCCAACGACACCCCGCGAGACGCGGCCGCAGCCUUCCCGUACGCGGCGACGAGCGACGGCCGGAGCCGCCUUUCGAUUAACUCCGCGCAGCGCCGCCUCGAAUCGUGGAAUCGCGCGCGCGAGCCGGUGUUCGAAAAUAGCAUCGAGCAUAUCCGCGCUCAGCGGAAGCUCAAGCGGAGCGGAAGCGACCCGUCGUUAAGAGAGUCCGCGCGCGGGGGGAAGGAUAGCCUGGGCGGCCCGUCGCGGCCGCUAGAGGGCGUCGUUUCGGAGGCGCGGAAAGUUGCGAUGCGCCGGUGGCUCCGCCGGUCGCGGAGCGCGCACACGUUGGGGGAGAAGGACGCGGCGACGCUCUGGAAUGAGGCGAUGAAGGCCAUCAUUUGGGGGCGUGGCGGCGCCGUCGUUUUUAGACGGCCAGCCGGCGGGAUUUCGCAAGCGCGGCCGUCAGGAGGCGAACGGUUGGGGAACGGCAGCACACAGAGUUCGGGGGCAGGAAACGCGGCAGGAAACGCGGCACGAUACAAUUCAGCCUCAACACUUCAUUCGCACGCCGAGAAUCCCCAUUACGCUUCCCCACAUUUCCGAGCUCUAAGGUGCGGCACUCUAGAGAUCAUGGCGCCGCGCAGUCACUGGGCGAAGGAGCUGGUGAGAGCGCAUGGUGCUCCGUCAAGAGUCGCAAUAUUGAAACGAGGCCGUAGUGACAAUCACGAUGACUACCAUAGUGAUGGUGCUGCCUGCACCAAUGCCCGUCACCAGCGCAGGGUUUUCAGGACCUGUGCUUCAAGUCCUGCAGCACCAGAACCCAUGGGGACCAUACUUGCAGCAUCCAGUGACAAGGCGGCAAGCAGCGCGACAAGAAGCGCUGCUGAAAUGGCCAGCACAGCAAUCACGCAGCAACAAGGAGGUCCUAUGAUGCAAGGAGCUGUCACUAGGAGCGACCAAGAAGGACGCAGCAUGCGACUAAGUUGGGCCGACUACGUGCGGAGCAAGGAGAGUCAGGGAAUAACUGUGCUCUCUGACAAGCAUCCCCCAUCCGAUGCUGCAUCAGACUGCUCGGCAGAAGCUCGCAGUGACUUGAGGGCUGUGUGGGUGGAGCAAUGUGCGACUGGGCUGAUGGAGCAGUGUGAAUGCACGUCGUUGAAGGAACGGGCAAGCUAUGAGAAGCUAUCUUGUACCCACGUCGUCAUCCCUGACCUCAACUUACCUGCAUGUGAUGAUUUCGGCUUGGCAACACACUGCCAGGUAAACCAGCUUGGGGUUCCUGUUACUGCGCCGCGAACCUUCCCUUGGCGCCAUCACUCAUGGCGGCAAGCGAUGAUGGCUCCUGUUAAUCACCACGCGCUAUACUCACCAUUCGUUACGCACAGUCAGCGCUGCGCUUCCCGUUACAUCCACGUGUCAGCAGCACGAGCGAACGUAACGCACGAAACCGCUCAGUCCCCACCCGUGGCAGAGCCUCUUACCACACCCGACGCACACGCGCAGACCUCGCCCGCCAUUUCCGCGUGGCCCGCAUUCUCCGCCGCGUUUUCCGGCGAGUGGGCGGGGUACUCCGUCGACUUCUCGCGCUUCGGCGAUCCCUUGGAGUUGCCGCAAUCUGUCGUUCCCGAGGCGUUCCGCGACUGGGGUUUGGUCCAAUACGCGUGGCAAUCCCAGACCUCCAGCGCCGCUCGCGGGGAGACCCUAGGGAAUGGCUCGCAGGUCCUGUCUUCGCUCGUGCGAUACGCGCCUGCUGCGGGGUGCGAGGCGGCGUCUCCGCCUAAAUACAGCGUUGAAAGGACGGCCUUGGAGUUAUCUGCUGCUGCUCCUGCCAGUGGUGGUGGUGCUGCUUCUGCUGCGGGCGACCUGUUUGCAUUCUCAGCAGAUGGUUCUUAUCUGCAAGUCCGAGCUGGCCAGUCCUCCACCAUGCCCGCGCCUGCCAGCGUGGACGCCAUGCGGGCCACUCAGUGGAUGCCACGUGGCACUGACUCCAGACCCCGUGGCUCCAACAGUGACCCUGACGAGGGUGAUUCAAACGAAGGGAUUGGCAGCAUGGCAGGAGGGCCGUUUCAGGUGGAGCAUUGCUUGGCAUUGGAGGGGGUGGAGGCUGCGAGUGGUAAGGGGAGAGUGAGAGUGCGCGUCGUGCAGCAAUUCAAACCAGAGAACGCAGCAGCAGGAGGAAGAGGAGGGGGAAGAGAAGGGAGAAGAGCAGGAGCUGUAGCCAUGCCUCGGCUUGCCAGCCUGGCACUGCACAGGGAGAAGUGGGUGGAGCCGUUUUCGGGCGGCGCUGAGCUGGCGGACGGCGCAGCACUGUUCAGUGCGGAGAUGAUUGAGGAGGGGGAGGGGAGUGAGGCGGUGAGGGAAGGCAGGGUGAAGGAGAUUGAAGGGCGAUGGGAGGCGACGACAAGAACAGCUCAAGUGCCCACAGCUCCUGCCGUCUCACCAUCACUCGUUGCUCUGGAGUUGACUAAGCCAAUCCAAACGGAUCUCUCAAGGCACAUGGAGACAUCUGCCUUGGAGGACGGGAUGCUCAUGAUACUCCCAGAGGGGGUAUGGAGUCAUGUGCAUAAGGUGGAUGAACUGUCAGGAGAAGACUCGUUUUGUGUGGAGGCUGGGUGGCUGUUUGCUUCCAGCCAGGCAAUUGUCUCACGGGUUCACUUCGACCAAUCAGGAAAUGUGAAGAGUCAGACGGCUGGGGCACUUGGUUUCCCACAGAUUGCAUGGGGUGACUCCGUUGCUUUUAUGACCACAGGAAUUCACGACACCGACGUCAAGAGGUAUGUCGUCGACAUUCCAGCUCAAGGUCAACCGACAUGGUCUCAACUCCCCUCGAUAGGGAAGCCAAAGGGAGCCUACUUCUCUGGCUUUGAGGUCUCUUUCGAUUUUCAUGGAGUCGUAGAGGAUGCUGCGUUGAGACUCUACGAGCUCAUCGGGAUGGUGACCGUACUUCAGUCACAGGGGGCGCCAAAAGCUGCUCCAUGCAUCGCAUCAGGAAGCAUGACUCAUCGCUCAUGGAAUCUGGACUGCGUUGUUUCGUAUGAAGAAGGAUCGAAGGACGACAUCACUGUGAAGGCUUUUAAAGACUGGUCACCUCUUCUUGACGGAUCCAGUCUGAUAAUGGCUCUAUCUGAAAGCAAUCUCUGGAAAAGUUUCGGAAUUAGCAUUGCGGAUGCAGCCAUUCACAGUUUUUUUGGCAUUUUCCACACUGAGAAGAGUUACAUGGAGAAGCACCUCAAUAUAUAUCUCCAUCUGCACAGCCAACAUAUCUCAUCUGCAAAAUCGGAAACUGUUCCGCGUAAAAUCCUUUUGAAGCUUGUCAAGGAUGCAGUUAUUGCAUCAUUGCAACAGCUCAAGACUCAGCUUCCAGGACAGUUUUCAUCAGUACAUCAAGCAAAGGUUGGCAGUUGCUUGCCGGAUCUGGCAACCAGCAUUGCAGCUUUAGUGGCAGGUUCCAGCAAUACAACUUUUCAAGAAGAGUGCUCCAACAUAUUGGGCGUUGAGGACGUCAAAGAUGUUGAAGCUGCCAUACUACAAAGGCUGAGUCUGAUUUCACUGACACAGUGA